AUGGUUUGGCGAAAUGAUAACGAUCAUGUUCGUCGUCGUCUUCCGACCAUUCCAUCAGAAUCAGAAAUUUUUCCAACUUUAGCAAAAUUAAAUUUGGAAGAGAAGGAUGAUCGCGUGGAGGAAUUACUGCUCUCACAACGUUUACGACAAUUCUGGAGUCCUACCAUUAUUAGAUUAACAACAUUCCCUGUUCACUACAUUCAGUGGCGAGAGUUUCUUUCCAAAGAAGGAAUGAAAAGAUGCAAAAAAUUAUCAAAGAAUUCAAUCUAA